GGGUGACUGCGCAUCUUGUAGGCCUACAACAAGAUUGUUGCGUGACACUCGGGCGGGAUAAACUGACUGUCGAUGCAUGAAUCAUUCAUUCAAUAAGCCAGGCAGGCACGCAGGCGAGCACGCAUUCGUCCGUCCGAUCUCACACACAUGCAGUCAGUCACGGAGGGUCUCAGGCGAACAGGCAUGCCAUGCCAACGUAAUGAGCAUCAGUCAUGCAUCCGCCCACACCAAAACGGCAGACAUAUAGCCGCCUGACAGCAACUCGAUGCAUCAAUUCGGGCGGCCGGUGUGCCGUGCCGUGCCGUGCCAAACCAUCCAUCAGUCAGUCAGUCCUUGAAGCGGGCAGAGGGGCGACACACGCACCCCCACACACACACCCAUGCCAGCCAGCCAGCCAGUCACAAAAAGAAAGCUCGAUCGGUCAGUCGGUCGGUCGGUCGAGUGUCUUCAACACUGCAUGCACAAAGCCAUCCAGCCAGCCAGCCAUCCAUCACUUCAUCCUUCCUGGAACUGUCCACCCACCCGCGCAUCCCGCCUGCCUCGCACUCCCUCCCUCCCUCCCCGUCCCUGGUGAGCAAACAAACGAUAGAGAUAGAGAUAGAUAGAUGUACCACCACGCCGCGCCACAUCCACGCAUCCAUGCAUGCAGUCAGGGAGGGAGGGCUAGCUAUCAUACACCACACAACACCACACCACACACGGGGAGUCAGUCAGUCAGUGGUGCAGCCGUAGUACUACACCCACAGUCGCCAGGCAGGCAGCAAGGGAGGCACGAUAGAUGAGAUGAUAACAAGGGCCGGCCGCCCUCGUCAUUCGUCCAUUAGUGUCUUGUUCGGUCGGCUCGGGUGGGUGUGUCAUCAGCGAUAGCCCCCGCCUCCCCCUCCGCCCACUUGCUGCACCAUGGCGUCUAUCACGUCACCGUCCUCCAAACCUGAAACACACACACACGUGUCGCCAACACCAACACAGCCAGAAACAUGCCGUGAGACACCACGCACACCCCACACCACCCACGUCAUGCGCCGCCCUCCUCCUCUACACCCCUCCCUGUCUGUCUGCCCUCUCUGUGCAGGUCUGUCUGUCUGUCUGUCUGUCUGUCACCGAGCUCCUCAGGCGUCUGGUGUGGGUGGACCCGCUCGCCGUCGAAGAGGAACCGGACGCCCUCCUGCGACUGGCCCAGCCGGUUGCAGUAGGCGUUCAUGAGCUUCUCCAACUUGGUCGAACGCUUGAUCUUAAAGAACACCUCCUGGCCGUCCUGCAACGCCACACACAACAUCCACACAACACACAACACAGCACAAACACCCGCGUUAGUCCCCCCUCCCCCCUCCCGCUCCUCUUUCUGCGGCACGACGCGAGGCGUCUCAGCUGCCGUCUGCUCUGUCCGUCUGUCCUUUGUGUGCCCUCGUCCGCGGCUUACCGGUGACUUGACCUUAAGGUUCAGGUGUUCGGUGCCGCCGGCCGCCCCCUCCCCUCCGUUGCCCUGCUCGUCCGCCAUCACUCCGCUGUAGCUAUCAACUCAAGGUGGUUACCAGCCGAUACGGCAA